AUGGAUACACCAUCAACAUCUACCUCACAAGAAUCUGCUCCUGCUCAUUCUAAGAGAAAUCGUGUUCAAUUGAGUUGUACACCAUGUCGACAUGCCAAACUUAAAUGCGAUCGAGCUCAACCAUGCAGCCAAUGUCAAAAGAAGGAUAGGGUAGGAUCAUGUUUAUAUCCCACGCCCUUACCAAGAAAGAAAGCUGCGAUGACAAUGCACAAAAGGUUGAAGCAUCUGGAAAGCUUGGUUAAGGACGUUAUGAAUUCUCAACAAUUAGCUGAGCCAAAUACUCCUCCACGUGAUGGCCCGGAGCCCGGAAACCUUGUUGCCAGAGCGGAGGCUCGUGGGAUCUCAACGGAAGAUCAGAGAUUAAAUACGACUGAUAGUUCUCUUUCUGGCUUGGAUAAGCCCUCCAAUAUUCAACAGACAUUACCCGCCUUCAGGGCAGGAGAAGUUAAAGAAUAUUUUGAUCAAGGAGAAGACGAUGAUAUUGAAGAAGAGACUGGGGCUGAACCCAGUCUACUUUUCAACCCAGAUGCACCACCAACCAAAGCCAAACUAUUGGCAGCUCUACCUUCCCGUAGAGUCGUUGAUAAGACUGUUCAGGGUUAUUUUCAUGGAGCCAACCCUUCGCUACAUAUUUUGCAUGCUCCGACUUUUCAAAAAGAGUAUUUGAAAUUUUGGGCCAAUCCACAUGAGACUCCUAUUUGCUGGCUGGGCUUAUUAUAUGGCAUUAUGUGUCUAUCUUUAUUCUCCAGUUAUGCGGCAGGUGAAGAAAAUCCGGAUGAGCGUGCUUCUCAAAUGCAAACGAUACGAACAUAUCGACGCAACUGUAUCCAUUGCAUCCGCCUUUCGGAUUACACAAAACCAGGAAAGUAUACAAUCGAAGCAAUGCUUGCUCACUUGGAAGGAGAAUUUGUUCUCGGCGAUGCUGAUCAGGUGAACUGCUAUGUGCUUCUUGGUGUUGCUGUCCGAUUAGCCUUACGAAUGGGACUCCAUCGAGACGCCGAUAGAGUUGGUGGACAAAUUACUCCGUUCCAAGGGGAAAUGCGUAGGCGACUUUGGGCCACUUUAAGACAAAUAGAUUUACUGGCAUCCUUUCAUAUUGGGUUACCUAGUAUGGUUGAAUCCGUUGAGAGCGAUGUUCAAUUGCCCCGGAAUUUAAAUGACUCGGAUUUCGAUGAAGAUUGUACAGAGCUACCACCUUCUCGACCUGACUCAGAAGUAACAUCAGCGUCAUACGUUCGGUUCAAGAACAAAAUAUGUCAGGUUUUUGGGAAAAUUGCAGUACAUGCGAACUCAUUAUCCCCGCCUUCUUACGAUGAGAUCAUGGAAUUAGAUGCUCAGUUGGACGUGGUACAAGCAACUGUACCGCCAUCGUUCCGAUUUCAACCGAUAGAAAGUUGUAUCGCUGACCCAGCAAAGUUGAUUAUCCAGAGAUUGAAUGUCGCUCAUCUUCUAUGCAAAAGUCGAUGUGUUCUACACCGUAAGUAUCUUGUAGACAAUCAAGAUCAUCCUGAGCGAGAAUAUUCUGUUAAGGUCGGUAUCGAUGCCGCAAUGCAACUUCUCGAUUUCCAAAAACAGACAUACGAAGCUACACAGCCAGGACAGGUCUUGGCCCGAGAUAGAUGUUUCCCGUCUUCAUUAACGAUGCAUGAUUUCCUACUCGCGGCAAUGAUCGUGUACGUGAGGACGAUGAAGAUAUUGGAAGAAGAAAUCAAAGGCAAACAUCAGAACACCUCUUUUCAGAAACAAAAAGUGGAAAUGAUUUCUGCGCUAAAGAUGUCAUCGGAUGUAUGGCAGAUCACGCAACUGAAAUAUCCGGAGGUUAAACGGGCAGUGGAUGUGCUGGCUGUGAUGAUGAGAAAACUUGAUGCGGCUUAUGUGGCACUUGGGAAGUCACAAAUGUCUUGGGGUAUGGAUUUAGGUACAAAUGAUACUGGCUCGAUGGCUAGUUUGUCUUUGGAAGAUGAAUUCACAAUGAACCAAGCCACUACAAUUCCACCAGGAGCGAUUAUAUGGCCCAUGACUUCCCCCGCUCCCGCUCCAAAUUCCUCCUACAUGAAUUCAGAGAACACCCAAUCCAUUCUUCCCCAAACAAAUCUUCCCAAUGAGUCCGCACCGUUUGAUUAUUUGAUGGAUAUCCCUACUGACUUUGACUGGAACCUGUUCGACAAUCAUAUCAGGGCAGAAGCUAAUCAGCUAUCGACGCCCGGUCAGCAUCUUCCGGACAUAAAUCUUGGGGUGGAGGGGAUGAAUAGUUUUGAAUUUGGGUUUAUUUAGGGGAUUGUG